AAGCCCGCGGUAUACAAAACCUACUGCUGGAUGAAGUUAAAUGCUAUAGCUAAAUAAAAUAAAGUCUUUUUUUUUUUCCUUAACUAACCUACUGGAAUGGUGUCAAAGUUGUGCAAACGCAACGGUAACAUCAACUCGGAUAAAGUCGUUGAAAUUGUAGCGGCAAAACCUGCAAUUUCAGAACCAAACACCACACGGCAUCGCUUUGUUUGUAGUGGCAGUAAAGGUUAAUGUUAGCAGAUUGCUAAUUAGCCAGGUAGCGCAAGGGAGGUAACGUUACCUUGUCAACUAGCGUCAACUGAAACGGCUGUGUCCAUUAUCUAGCUAGCUAGCUAUCUGUUGCUGUGUCCUUGUAGGAAACACACGCCACGUUUCUUUCUACGACUUGGGCUGGAUAACCAACAGCAAUGUCACUCUCGACUGAGGCUCAUUUUGGGGUGAGCCAAAGCAGCAGAGUAAAAGGAGACACUAUUUGUGUAGUGCCCAACCUCACCUCUGAUCUCCUGGAGGAUGAUUUUGACCUAAAUAAAUCCUACCCAUGUACUCAGAGACCGUUGUACAACAAGACAAUGCAACGUCGUAAUUAUCCUGAUUCCUUGAGAGGUGAAGGUUUAGAUGUUUUCACUUCUGUCGCAACAAGAGACCUCCAAAUCUCUAGUUUACAUCCUGACUCACACAUUUCUGCUGUGUCCCUGCCACACCCGUCCACUAUGUCAGAGACAGAGGAAAGCUUGUUCAGUCAGCUAGUCUCUGGAGAUUUUGGCCUGUCUGGAUCUCCAUCUGCCCUCAACCCAAACAAAGUCAUUCUUACCGUCGACCAUAAAACCAGAGAGAUUUUGUCAGCAAAUGAACAGGCCUGCAAAUUGUUUGAGUGCACCACCGCUGAGCUUAUUGGAAAAAAGCUGUCCUGUAUCUUGAAGAAAACCAGUCAGGUCCUGGAGGAAGCAUUGGAAGAAGAUUUUCCACUUCUGGAUGGAACUGUUGUGGCUGUGUCUGGAAAAGUGGUGGAUGUUGUGACAUUAUCUGGAGAUGUGCCAAUGUCAGUGUGUACCUACAGACGGUCACAAAAUGAAGAGCACUGGCUUGUCAUGAUGGAAAGUGUGGAAAGGGUAUCAGCCUUUCUGUCCUUUUCACAAGACGGCAAUAUCCUAACCUGUGACUUGGCGUUUGCCCAUCUCCAUGGAUACCACCAUCCGGAUGAGUUAAAAGGGGUGUCUGUGAAGGAGCUGAUCCCCUCCUUACAAAUCCCCCUGCACAGUAGUACGUUGCCCAAAAUGCUGAGGGUUCAGAGAGUGUGUGGUAGAAGCAGAGGGGGUGCAUCAGUCCCGCUGUGUGUCAAACUUCAGGGGCCAGUGCUAUGUGGGAGGCCCCAACACCAAAACAAUGGGACUGGUUGCACCUGUCCAACAAAGAGUCAUGACAGACCAGAUGCACACGGCAAUCAGCCAUGCUCUCCUCUCCCCUCUUCUGUGUGCAAGUCAGAAGGCUCAGACCCUGCAGUGCCAUCCUCAGAAGUGAAAGUGGACAGCAUUGUCCUCUCCCCCUGCCCUGCACUGGAGUACUCAGGGACAGUUUGGGUUUUUGCUCCUCUGAGCGGUCUCCUCCUGCUCCACCCCGAUGGCUCGAUCUACAGCAUCCACAACCACCUGGCUCUCGCGCUGUUUGGCUACGACCAGGACGAGCUGCUGACAAAGACUGUCACUUUUCUGAUGCCCGGUUUCUACGGGUGGAUGACUGACUCAGACAGAAAGGCCAGCCCCUUCUCUGAUUCUCGAGCAGAGGGCAAUAAAAGUACAGCCUCAUCCAAAAUAUCAGGAAACAAUGACCCUUCCUCACUGGUGGCUGGUGAUAUGGCCACGGUGCAUCAGGCUGUCCUGGGAAGAAGCGCCACAGGUAGAGGCAAGAUCUUCACUGGAAGCAGCACCAGGCUGGAGAAACAGGGCAGCGCUCUUUCGACACUUUCUCUUCCUGCUGUCACCUCCACACGAGUGGUUAUGGCUGAUGACACUACCGAGCUGAUGGAGGAGGCAGCCAGGGUUGCUCUCUGCACUAGCCAGCUAGACGGUGCUGAUACCACUCAGGCACUCCUCAAGACAUUUGCCUGGGUGCAACCUCCGGAAGAAGAGACCUACUGCCUGGUUUCCACUGAACCGCCACACCAUAACCGAGAACAGCAGCUCGCCAGUAAAGUUCAUGAAAAUAAUCAGCCUGCCAUCAAUAUUAUCCCAGACCUUCCCAGUCAGAAUGGCAGGGAGGGUGGCACCGCGCCUGAUGUAGGCAAAGACCACCGCUCACGUGUCUCUGUGCUCCAAGACUCCAGCUUUGAGGUCAUCUCAAUGGAGAGCAGGUCGUCCUCUGGCUUCUGUGAAACGUUUGCCGUCCAGGGUGGUUCUGAUCCAGGCCAGGCAAUGGACUCCCGGUCAGCACACAUAGUGGAUUCAGCCAGCUGUUUCCUGGACCUUAACAGCAAUGGUGAACUGGUGACCCGCGCCCUGGCCGAGCUAGAUCUGAGCGGUAGCGUAGAGCUUCUCAGCGGCGGAGGGUACAACGACGACAACCAAAACUCCAUGACAUCCUGUGAUACAGCGGAGCUCCUGCGUACACCCUCCCCAUGCGUGAUAGGGUCGGACCAGGAAGCAGAGCCUGUUGAGAUUGGUGUAGAUGCCAGAAACGGCUUAAGUGAAGAGCAAGUAGAAAACGACCACAGGGAGCAGGAUCAGUGGGCUUCUCUCUUGUCAAUUCAUAAAGAAAAGAGCCAAGAGGUCUGCAUGCCAAAGCUGGACAUUCCUGCCACGUCUACUCCUAAGAAACGGAAGGUGAAUGGACACAUCCCGUCCUCAGACACUACACAGAUACUGGAGGGGCGAUACGAAGGAAGUGCAUACCACAGAGAUGGCACGAGAGUAGAUGUGCAGUGUGACGUGUGCAGGACUAACCUCCCUGAUGGAAGCUCCAUGAUCUGUGUGUGGAUGAGUAGGCCUGGCCAGCAGGGGGCACUGUUGCAAACGGAUCGAUCACAGCACAACCAAUCAGGAGCCAGUCUGGGAGAGAGGAUGUGUGAGGCUUUGCACUCCACCAUGGAUCUGGAGCACUCUCGAGCCUGUGACGGGCAGUUUGAAGAAGAGUACCAGCCUCUCAACCCUGUGGGUAAAGGAGCCUUUGGUUUUGUCUGGGAGGCAAUGAGACGCUCUGAUGGAUUAGAAGUGAUAGUGAAGUUCAUUAAGAAGGCCAGGAUAGUGACUGAGUGCUGGGUAGAUGAUCCCAUGCUGGGACGGGUCAGCCAGGAGAUUGCCAUACUGACACGAGUACAGCACCACAACAUAGUCAAGGUGCUGGAGGUGUUUGAGAAUGGGAGUUACUUCCAGAUGGUGAUGGAGAAACAUGGAGAUUGCUUGGAUCUUUUUGAGUUCAUAGACAUGCAACCAAGGCUGGAUGAACCCCUGGCCAGCUACAUCUUUAGACAGCUGGUGGCUGCUGUCUUCUACCUGAGGAAUAAGAACAUCCUUCACAGGGACAUAAAAGACGAGAACAUCAUCAUCGACAAAGGUUUCCACAUUCGACUGAUAGACUUUGGCUCGGCUGCCAUGAUGGCUCCCAAGAAGCUAUUCUUCAAUUUCUGUGGCACACUGGAGUACUGCUCCCCGGAGGUGCUUCAGGGAAAUCCCUAUGAGGGUCCAGAGCUGGAGAUGUGGUCUCUUGGUGUGUUGCUCUACACACUGCUAUUCAGUGAGAACCCUUUCUGUGGGGUGGGAGAGAUCCUGCAGGCCAAACUAAAGCCCCCGUUCCCCCUCUCUCCAGACCUGCAUGGUGUGUUGUGUGGGCUGCUGCACCCGGAUCCUGCUCAGAGAUUGACUCUGGACCAGCUACUGCUGGACUCCUGGAUCAGCCAGCCCAUUUCACUGGCAGAGUACAGCUGGACAGAGGUUGUUCCUGCAACUAACACCUACCGCUCACCACAGCACGAGUCCAGUCCUAAAGUGUUUGUCAGGCAAGGCUUGUUCCCGGAUGAACAUGAUGAGACUCUUCCUGAUGACGAGGAAGAUGAGGAUGACAGGUUGUCAAUGGUUGCCCUGGAAACUGAGCUUCAGAAGUACCUCCACGAAGAUUAAAGAAUGGAGGCCAAGCAUCCAUCCAACAUUUGGUAUCAUGAUGUAGCAUUCUUUCCCCCUUUUUCUCUUAUCUAUUUUAUUUGUUCUUUUGGAUUUAUAUAAAAUUUAAAGCAUUAAAAUCAUCUUAUAUGAUCACAAGGAUCCAGCUUUACCACUAAACCACCUAAGUGAGCACAACCUCGAGUUGUUAGCUCAGACAAAGCACACCGAAAACCUAGUUGGAUUGAAGUUGAAGGGAAUUGUUUAAGUGAUCAUUGAUUAAUGUCUCAUGUUAAUGAUUUUAAUCUUGAGUGUUUUAAUUAAAAGUUGUAAAUAUUUUAUCUAUUUAUUUUUUUAUACAGCAAUAAAUAUUUGACCAUAAAUGUGUUGUUCCUUUUUAUAUGAUUAAAGAAUUGCCUGUUAAUCAGAACUGUAAAAAGUUUGUCUAGCAAACAUUGUAAAGUAUUGGUAAUGUAAUAUUUAUGCAGCAAGUAAAGAAAGUAAAUCAUUAAAUAGCAGUGCAAGAAAGUU